AUGAGAAGCUCUAACAUUGCAACUAAACUAGUCUCUGUGAACGCCAAAUUUGCGGUCCGUCUCGCUCGCCGGCGCCUCGCCCGAGACAGCGUCGGCCUUUGCCGCGAGCUUGCUCGCGGAUGCAAGCGCUGGCAAGCGCAAAAAUAUAUGUACCUCUUCGUGUCCUCGCGCCGGAUUCUCGAGUCUCCCAUGCCAUGUUGUGGUCCAAGGCCAGGAAGUCAUUGUUUUAGCUAG